UUCUUAUCUCUCUAGCAAUUGUCAAGAAACAUGCUGCUCAGAAGCAAAAUUUGAGGAGAAAAAGGUGGGAAAGAGAAGCAAAAGCAAGAGAUGAUUGUAAUUGUCAAUCCACUUUUUGAUGGAUUACUACCAUUAAAGAGUUCAAGAUUGUAUGGUUAUCCUAAAAUCUUACCAAAUUUGUCUUCUUUUAUCAGCAAGAAUCUUAAAUUUAACAACUACCCAUCACUUCAAUUAUCUUCCCAAAGUGGUUUACUGUCAGCUGGUACUAAUGAAAGCUCACCUGAAUAUAAGGUUGACUAUGAUCAUGAAGCAGAAUUAGAGUCUCUCCCCUAUCUACAAACUCUUAGAGAAUUUCCCAAGGAGGAACUUGCAGCAAAAGUUGUUAUGGUCAGAUUCGAUAGUGCAAUUCUUUUGAAGGAAAAUGUUGACAGGAGAUCUCAUUCAGUUUCUAGUGCAAUUAUGACCAUCGAAUAUUUACAUGAAAGUGGAGCUAAAAUUAUACUCUUGAGUGAUUGGAAUCAGAAAAUUAAUUCAAAUCUUCUUGAUGCAGAAUCCGCUGCAGAUAUCCUGUCAUCAAUUCUCCAACGUAAGGUUGUUUCCCUGCAAUGUAUUUCUGGUGAUGUGCUACUGAAGAUGGAAUUGUUUAAAGAAGCAGAUAUACUCCUUCUUGAGAAUCUUUCUGAUUUUAAAGAGGAAGUUGCCAACUGUUUAAAGUUUGCUGAACAAUUAUCAUCAGGAGUUGAUAUUUUUGUUAAUGACUCCUUUUGCUUGUCUCAUAAAAUCCUUGCAUCAACCGUUGCCAUAUGUCAUUUUUGCUCUGCUCAUGUGGCUGGAUUUCACUUUGAGGAAAGCCUAAUUCAACUGAAGAAGACCGCAACAUCUAACAGAAAACCGUAUAUUGCAGUUAUUGGAGGGGGAAAUCUCUAUCGCAAAGCAGAUGCAUUGCGUUUUUUAGCUUCUAAAUGUGAUGGACUUGUCUUUGUUGGUAUGAUGGCAUUUCAAAUAAUGCACGCCUUAGGAUAUUCUGUUCCUUCAAGUCUGAUAGAGCCUAAGGCGAAUAAAGCGGCCAUGGACAUAAUUGACUUUGCACAUCAUAGAAAUAUUUCAAUUCUCUACCCCAAAGAUUUUUGGUGCAGAAAAGCUGCUGCUGUAGAUCAAGUAGAAGUAGUUCCAGCUCAUGGUAUUUCGGAUGGUUGGUUGCCUGUUGAUCUUGGCCCUAGGUCACUGGAUGAAAUAAAUUGUUUACUUGCGAAAUCAAAGAAAAUAAUAUGGAUUGGUCCACCAAAAUUCAAAUUCUCAAGUCCAUGUAUAGAUGGAGCAUCUAAGUUGGCCCAAAUGAUUGAUGAACUAAGCCAAGAAACUUGUGAUGUAAUUAUUGUGGGGAAUAUGGCAUGCAAAGCAGUAAUAACAAAAUCGCGUUCUUUCUUGGCUUAUGAUUUAAUUGAGAGUGCUUCAGUUUUUUGGGAGUUUUUCAAAGGAAGAAAGCUUCCUGGAAUCAUGGCCUUAGACAAGGCAUACCCGUUCACGAUUGAUUGGAGUGCUAUCUACCGUGACACAGCUCAACCUUUGGUAGUUGAUAUAGGAUCAGGUAAUGGAAUGUUUCUUCUGGAAAUGGCUAAAAGAAGAAGAGAUUUGAAUUUUCUUGGAUUAGAGAGUAACAGUAAGCUUGUGAGACGCUGUCUGGCUUCUAGUCAUCAGUCUGGUAACAGGCACUUUAUUGCUACUAAUGCAACGACAACUUUUCAUUCCAUUGUCAGAAGUUACCCUGGAGAGCUGAUACUGGUUUCAGUACAGUGUCCAAAUCCCGACUUCAAUAACCCGAAACAUCGAUGGAGAAUGCUGCAGCGGUCACUGAUUGAAGCAGUAACGAAUUUACUUGCAUAUGACGGAAAGGUAUUUCUGCAAUCUGACAUAGAAGCAGUUGCAUUGAGAAUGAAAGAAUUAUUUCUGAAAUACAGCAGGGGAAGGCUUUUCGUUUCGAAUGACGAUCAAGGAGUAUGGCUUCAGGAGAACCCCUUUGGAGUGAGAUCAGACUGGGAACAACAUGUAAUAGAUCGGGGGUGUCCAAUGUAUAGAUUAAUGCUUUCCAAAUCGACAAAUAAUAAGAAGAUCGUUUAACUCUCGUGUAAAAACUCUGUUUGUGUUUGGUAUAAAUUUAAAGGAAAAAUGAAUUGAUAUA